AUGUUAGAUGAACAAAUUGCAACGAAAGAAGUUAAAUAUUUAUUUAAAGAAUAUUACAAAAAAUUACAAAUAUCCGAAUGUGAAUUUGAAAAUUUCAAUAAAUUAAAAACAGAUAAUGAAAGAAUUUGUUUUGUUAAUAAAAUUGUGACUUGGAAUGAUUUGCCUCCCAUCGAGAUAAUUAAAAAUAACAAAGAUGAAGAUUUAGCAUUAAAACUAAAGGAAUUAGGAAAUAAAGCUUUUGUAAAAGGAGAUUUUGAAAAAGCUUUGAAAAAUUAUUCAGAAUCCAUAUUAAAAAUGACUCAAUAUAAAAAUGAUACUAAAAAUUUGUCAUUGGCAUUAGCAAAUAGAUCAGCAGCAUUUUACAAUCUUCAAUUAUACAAUUUAGCUAUUGAUGAUAUAGAUUUGGUAUUGAAAUUAAAUUAUCCGAAAGAACUCAAAUAUAAAAUUUACGAAAGAAAAGCAAAAUCAUUAUUGGCAUUGAAAAAACACGAGGAAGGAAUUGAAGAAUUUAAAAAAACUCUUCAAGCUUUAGACGAUUGUAAAUUACCAAUGGAAAAAAAAUUAAAAAUGGAAAAAGAUAUACAAAUAAUGUUACAAAUAAUGAAUAAAUCAAAUGAUAAAAAUGAUAAUUCAAAUGUUGAAAAUGAAAAUUACAAACUCCACAUUAUUAGUGAAAAAAAUAAAAUUUAUGAAUCAGCAUCGGUUAAAAUUUUUAUGAAAAAUGAUUCGACGGUUGGUCGAUUUGCUUCUGCAUCAGAAAAUAUUUUCCCAGGCGAAACGAUACUCGUUGAAAAACCAUAUUGUUCCGUUUUAUUAGAAGAUUAUCAUUUAAUUAAUUGCCAACAUUGUUUUAAAAGAACUCAAGGACCGUAUCCAUGCGAAAAUUGUUCUCAAGUUAUUUUCUGUAGUUUGAAUUGUAGAGAAUCAGCAAAUUAUCACAAAUACGAAUGUUCCAUAUUGCAAACAUUACAUAAAUCAGGAGUUUCGAUAACCGUUUUAAUGGCACUAAGAAUGAUAACUCAAAAUAAUUUGAAAUAUUUUUUAAAUUUAAAAUCGAAAUUGGUGGAUGAGAAAAAUUUUGAUGGAGUUUAUAAAAGUUCUGAUUAUUUAAGAGUUUAUAAUUUAGUACGCCAUGAGGAUUUACGUGAAACGAAAGAUUUUUUCGAAAGGACCGUCAUGGCCUUGUUUCUUUUAAAAUGUUUAAAACUCGUUAAUUAUUUUAAUAAAACGGAUAAUUUACUUGAAACUUUAACCGAAGAUGAAAUAUUUAUCGGUGGUUUAAUUUUACGCCAUUUACAAAUCCUUCAAUUCAACGCUCACGAAAUUUCAGAACUCGAAAUGGAAAAUAAAAAUAUUUUAGAUGAUUCGAAAUCCCUAUUCGUUGGUGGUGGUUUAUAUCCGACAUUAGCACUUUUCAAUCAUUCUUGCGAUCCUGGAAUUGUCAGGUACUUUAUUGGCACUCAAGUGAUUGUUCGAGCUGCAAAACCUAUAAAAAAGGGUGAAAUAGUAGCGGAAAAUUACGGACCGAUUUAUAGUCAAAUGAAAAAAUUAGAAAGACAAGAAAAAUUAAAAUCCCAAUAUUGGUUCACGUGUACUUGUACUCCCUGCCUUGAACUUUGGCCUACAUUCGACGAACUUGACACGAAAACUAUACGUUUUAGAUGUUCUGGUUACGGCACUGAUGAAAAACGAGAAAAUUGUAAAAAUAUUUUAAUCGUACCCGUUAACACGGAUGAUUUUAUGAUAAAAUGUUCUCAAUGUAAUCAACAUACAAAUUUAUUUAAAGGUCUUAAAGCUUUACAGGAUACGGAUAUUUUAUAUAAGCAAGCGAUAAAAUAUGCACAAACGGGAAAUUUUCAAAAUGCUUUGGAUAUUUAUUUAGAAAUAUUAAAAACUCUACAUGGGAUAUUAGCUCCGCCAUUUCGAGAUUAUCUUCUAUGUCAGCAAUCGAUACGAAAAUGUAUGUUGGCACUCGGUAAUACAGUUUUUAAAAAGAAAUAA